AUGGCAUCAAGUUCGCCUACACCUGGCGGAGAAUUAACCACUCACCAUGAUUCUGCUGUCAACUUUUUUACGACCAUUGAUGGCACGAAAUACGCUUAUGAUUAUAAACCAGCCCAAGAUUCAAAGCCCACUUUCCUCUUCCUCCACGGAUAUCCUUCCUCUCGCAAGGACUGGGAACACCAAAUCACCACCGUGACUGCUGCAGGUUUUGGGGCUAUUGCUCCUGACAUGCUGGGUUUUGGCUCCUCUGACCUGCCGACAGCUCCCGAGGAUUAUAAAGGCAAGCGAUUAGCUAGCCACAUCGCUGAGCUCCUUGACUCCAAAGGCCUGGCAAAGGUGGUUGGUGUGGGCCAUGAUUGGGGCUCUGCAGUGCUUUCGAGGGUGGCGAUGUACCACCAAGACAGGUUGCAAAAGCUGGUGUUUCUAAAUGUGGGCUACCAAUCCGCGGGCUUCUUCGACAUUGAUGCUAUUAAUGCCUUGGGCUUGGCUCAGUGGGGAUACAUGCCUUUCGGAUACUGGUACUUUUUCGAUCGCUAUGAUGCUGGCUCAGUCAUCGGGAAUCAUUUGGAUUCGUUCUUCAACCUAAUCUUUCCGGAGAACUACGACACUUGGAAAACCUCAUUCGUUCCGGUUGGUGCCGCACGCGCUUGGCUCAAUGCCGAUACUCGAACUAAGGACGCGCCUUUCGUCACGGAAACCUUCAAGGCUAAUUGGAAAGCUUUCUUAAGCCGCCCAGACGCUACCGAGUCUGGCUUGAACUGCUACAGAUCACAGCUUCGAGGUGUGAAUGCCUCCGACGAUGCCAAGCUCACCGUUGAGGACCAGCAGCUGCACGUUCCUGUGUUGGCCAUUUUAGGAGCCUUAGAUCCAAUUGCUCGGCCCGAGUUGAUGAUUCAAUUGACUAAACCUUGGGCAUUGGGUGGAUUCGAGAGCAAGAUCCUCGACGGCGGGCACUGGCUGGCUCAUGAGUUGCCUGAACAACUCCGCUGCACCGGAAGCCGGGCAUGCUGUGACAAGUGCAAAGCUCACGGCGUUCUGUGUAUCAUACCGCCGGCCCCUCGCACGAAAAAGGCUGCUGCUCGUACCGUUGCGAGGGAGAGACGAGUAGCGGAGGAGCAUGCUGGUGAGAUAGUGGGCAGUCGUGGGGGCCAUCAUGUAUCAAACCCAGAACCAGUGGGCUUGAGCCUCCCAGACAGCUUCCAAUCUCUCCCGACGCCAGACAAGGACACUUCUCCUCCGGCACCUACGUUACAAGAUUGGGGCAUCGAUAUUGGAGCCUUUGGCAAAGAAUUAGUCACAAUUGACUCUCAUGACUUCAUGGGAUUCGACAACCCAAAGACUUAUGACUUGGUACCGCAGGAUGUUCCAGAGUGGUCAAACCCGCCACCACCACCAGGUGGCGUCUGUCCGUGUCUGAACGAUUUGGUUGGGAUCGUGCAAAAGCUCGACGACGACGAGUACAAGCUCCGCACUCUUGCUUUCGACCAGGUCCUCAAACUCCAAAAAUUUCUGCUUUUCCACUGCCUUGCGCCACUCGACUGCAAAAGCUGCAACAGUCUAGCAAAAGCUCACACCGUGGUGCUCAUCAUAUGCGAGAGGGUAACGGAGAUGUUCCUCUGCCUAGGACGACGCGUCGCGAACACCCGCCCUCACCUUGUGGAAGGAGACAAGCUCGAUGCAAACCCGUGCUAUCCGAUCGACACAGUGAACGGCCCGGCGUUCUUCUCAUUCAAGAAGAAAAUGAUGGUCCCAGACAGCCCCGGCAACUCGUCACACACGCUGGAAGGCGAGGUAGGCCGGGACGGCGUGGUCGUCGUGUGCAACCCGGAGAUGUUCUCGCCCGACUUCCGGGAGCAGUACUCGACCGAGGAGCAGUUCCACAUGAUCCGGGUCCUAGCGAAGAUCCAGAUGAAGAACUUCAAUCAGCUGCUGAUGCGGAUUGGCAAGAUGCCGCAGUCGACGCGCAGCGAGGCCAGGAUGGAAAAAAUUCACGCGUUGACUAACCGGCUUGAGGAGGCUACUGCGGUUAUGGAGGAGGGGUUUGACGCAAUAAUGGAGUCGAUGGAUGCGUUGUAA